GCGAUGUUGUGCUCUUCCCACCGUUCAUUUUCGUAGUGAUCAAAGUGCAACGUGUGCCUAGGUAUAAAAGAGACGACGUCUGUGUGGUCACUUCAGCGCAAGCCCAGUGCCCUUCGCACCAUCCAAGAUGAAACUUGCAGUCUCCUUCGUUUUCGCUGCUCUCGUAGCCUGCGCUUCCGCACAGACGACGCUCACCGGACAGUACACUUGUGACACGUCCGGCGACUACCAGCUCUGCCAGGACCAGUGGGGCUCCGCUAACGGUGUCGGUUCCCAGAAUUCCACGCUCGUCAGCACCAGCGGUGACAGCAUUACUUGGUCGACCACCUAUACCUGGGCGGACAACGAGAACGACGUCAAGGCCUUCGCGAAUGUCUACCAGACGGCAGCUCAGGGCAUGACUCUGGCGGAGAUCACCUCCGCGCCCACGACCUACGACUGGGAAUACCAGUCCUCGUCCUCGGGCCUGCGUGCCGAUGUUUCAUACGAUAUAUGGACGGGAACUGCCGCCGGAGAUCCGGCAUCGAGCACGUCUAACUAUGAGAUCAUGAUCUGGCUUUCAGGAGAGGGAGGGCAAGUCGGCGCGAUCUGUCACUUUUGCUGCAUUCAACCCGUCGGUUCGGUGGCAACGUCCGGCAUAUCGCUUGCAGGAUAUACUUGGGACCUGUGGUCUGGCCCGAACUCGGGUUGGACGACGCUUUCCUUCGUCAGCGCUGACGGUAACAUCAACAGUUUCAGCGCAGACUUGUUGGAGUUCUUCGACUACCUCAUCGAGAACGAAAGCGUCUCUGACACUCAGGUUCUGCAAGCCAUCCAGUCUGGCACUGAGGCAUUCACCGGAACUGCUACGCUCUAUGUCAGCAGCUACAGCGUCUCUAUCAGCACGUAAGGUGCUUCGUAACUAGUGAACGUCAAACUCGGCGUGUUUCCGAUUAUAUGCAUAGUUGGGAUGCGGCUGUUGUCGAAGCUCUUGUAUAUCUCUGCCAAUUUGUAAAUAUCAGUGUCUGUAUGUCGAAUGUGAAAGUAUCUAGCUUGCAACGG